AUGUCUACUAUUAAGAGUAUAUUUAAGGCUCGUAUCCGGCUGUGGUGGUUGAUUUUCCUCCUCGAGCAUCUCCUUACAGCGAUCACUGGCCGGGCCUCUUGCGUGGGCGAAAGCCUCAGCGCCACGCGACUGCCCAUACCGUUCGAAGAAGAGGUCUUUGGCAGACCCGACAUACUGUCUCUUUUUCAAGACUCCGUAUCACGUAUCGACCGCCUCAAACUCACGCUCCUCCAGACGGAGGAGGAAGCGCGUGCCAGUGUGUCCUGGCUCACAUCCUGUGAAGCCAGCCCGUCACUGUUCUUUCACUGUAUUGUGGACCUAGCUGCCAUCGGGCAGGAUAUUAUCAACAACGUUUAUAGUAUUAAGAUUGAGCAGCAAAUCCGAAAAUAUAGCAGUAUUCUAGACAUGUGGCUCAGCAAGGUUCCCGAUGCCUACCGAUUCACCUCGGUGAACAGCGAUGGGGCAGACGUUCCUGAUGGCAAUAACAGCCAAUGGAAGCGAGAACGCAUUUCCUUAGCCAUGAGCUACUACAGCACUCGUAUCAUGCUUUGCCGCCCGUGCCUCACGCACACUGGUUCGCGAUUGAGUACUCGGUCUCCUGAUGCAGAAGUUGCCCAGCAUUCGUGCCCGAAUCCACGCCCAAACUCCAGUAGUCGCACGCUGUUCCGCUCCAGUAUGGGCCUCAUGUGUGUUCGUUCCGCCGUCUCCCUCCUUGCAUGUCUUCCUCAGACACCAGACAUCAUGUGGAUCACUGCAAUGACUCCUUGGUGGUACAUCCUCCAUUACAUCAUGCAAGCGACAACAGUUAUCCUUUGUCAUCUUUCCAACCGCCCACCCGGGCCCAGCGAACACCCCGUUCAUCCCGGCUUCUCCGAUCCGGGGAUCACGGUCAGCGAGAUUAAGAAGGCCAUGCGCUGGCUCCACCACAUGGCAUACACAUAUGCUGCCCCCGGACGCGCAUUCCGGCAGUGCAACAGCGUUCUGCGGCGUAUUGCCCCCAGCCUGGGCAUCGACCUCAGUGAUCUUCCCGAUUGCAGAGACCUGCCCACUGGUGGAGAUACAUCACAUUUCUGA